UACUGGCAUGAGGGGCGUUGCUGCUCUUACUGCCCAGCUGGUUUUGAGAAAAUCGGAGACAGCCCUGCUGUCCAAACAAAACUACAGAAAAUCAGGGGGGUCUUGUGACUCAGAAAAGGAAUACUGGCAUGAGGGGCGUUGCUGCUCUUACUGCCCAGCUGGCACCCGUGUCGGCAAGCAUUGCGACAUCUCCCACACCCUUGGAGAUUGUCAGGAGUGCCCCCUUGGAGAGUAUGCCCCUAAGAAUGGACUGGAGACCUGCAGGCAGUGUACCCAGUGCAGAGAAGACCAAGAGAUGUUGAUACCUUGUUAUAAAUAUAUGAACACCAAGUGCCAGUGCAAAGAGGGUUACUUCUGUGAUGCCCCAGAUUGCAAGGUGUGCCAGCCCUGCAUGAAGAAGUGCCCAGAGGGGAAACAAAUCCUUCAGGGAUGCAAUGCUACAGCUGAUAUAUUGUGUGGAGUAUCUGGGACAGGCAUCACCUUCAGAGCAGAAUCAUCAGCUGUCAGAGACACCCUCCUCAUCCUAAUUUGGACCCUCAUCACUACUCAUUUGGAAUAUUGCAGAAUCCUCAUUAAUGUCCUUGCUUUCAGUCUGCCCAUGACCGCUCAUUCUCCUUGCAGACACCAAACUAAACUCUUAAAGCACAGCUUUGGACAUGUCUAA